AUGGUCGACUCCGGCGUCCCGCUCGACAACAUCACCUACUCCACCCUCAUCACCGCCGCCCGCCGCUGCCGCCAGUUCGCCAAGGCCGUCGAGUGGUUCGAGCGCAUGUACUCCCCGCCCAGCGGCGUGCUCCCCGACGAGGUCACCUACUCCGCCGUCCUCGACGUCUACGCGCAGCUCCGCAUGAAGGAGGAGGUGCUGGCGCUCUUCGACCGCGCCCGCGGCAGCGGCUGGAAGCCCGACCACGUCGCCUUCGCCGUGCUCGCCAAGAUGUUCGGCGAGGCCGGCGACUAUGACGGCAUCCAGUUCGUCUUCAAGGAGAUGCGGGAGGUGGGCAUCAAGCCCAACAUCUUCGUCUACAACGCGCUGCUCGAGGCGCUCGGCAAGACCGGCAAGCCGGGCCUUGCCCGCAACCUGUUCGAGGAAAUGGCCGCCGAGGGCGUCGAGCCCAACGCGCGCACGCUCACCGCGGUGGCCAAGAUCUACGGCCGGGCGCGCUGGGGCCGCGACGCGCUCCAGCUCUGGGACCAGAUGCGCGACAAGAAGAUCCCCGCCGACAGCAUCCUCUGCAACACGCUGCUCAGCAUGUGCGCCGACGUGGGGCUGGUGGCCGAGGCCGAGCAGCUCUUCGAGGAGAUGAAGGACCCGGACCUCACCGACGUCCCCCAGCCGGACAAGUGGAGCUACACGGCCAUGAUCAACAUCUACGGGAGCAUCAAGGACGCCGACCGCGCGCUCCAGCUGUUUGUGGAAAUGCUCCAGAGCGGCAUAGAGGCCAACAUCAUGAGCUACACCAUCGUGAUCCAGUGCCUCGGCAAGGCGAACAGGAUACGGGACGCCGUGGAGGUGCUCGAGGCGGGGCUGGAGAGGGGCCUCAAGCCCGAUGACCGGCUAUGCGGGUGCCUGCUCUCCGUCGUCGCGCUAAGCAGCGGCGAGGAGACGGAGCUGGUGCUCGGAUGCCUCGAAAAGUUCAACGGAAACCUAGUCAAGCUGAUCAGGAUGCUCGGGGACGACCAGGUGGGCGCCGACGAGCUCAAGGAGCAGCUGAAGGCCGUGCUGAAUGCCGCGGAGACCGAGGUGCGCCGGCCCUACUGCAACUGCCUGAUCGACAUAUGCCAGAACCAUGGCCUCCCCGCCCGGAGGCCGAGGGAGCUCUUCCGGCUCGCCCAGGGCUACGGCCUCUACUCCAAGCUCCACAUCAGGAAGGAUGACGAGUGGCUGCUAGACCUGCGGUCGCUCUCGGUUGGCGCUGCUAAGACGGCGUUCGACGACUGGAUGGUGGCCCUCUCGGAGCGCGCUGCGCAGGGCCAGACCCUGCCACAGUCCUUCAACGUGUUCACCGGUUCCAGCACCCACAAGUUCGCGCAGGGGCUGGCCAGCGCCUUCGCCGCCCACCUCAAGGAGGCCGCGGCGCCGUUCCGCCCGAGCGAGUCCCAGGUCGGCAGCUUCGUCAGCUCCAGGGACGAGCUAGUCCCGUGGCUGCAGACGAGCAGCCCGUCGUCUCCGGGUUGCUUCAGUAUCUGUUGGCACUGA